AUGGCUACACCACAGCAAGAUCAAUGUCCCGCCCAGGACCGGACCCUCGAGCUCUUGCAGCAAAUCGAGGGUCUCACAGCCCAGCUCAGAACUAAACUCAUCAAGGCCAAGGAGGAGAAGAAGACUGAAUGUACCAGCCAAGGAGGGGACAAUGGCGAGGUCUUCUGGACAUUGAGAAAAGCCAAUGCCGACCUCACAAAGCAGAUUAAAGAUAGCGACGCCUUUCACGAUAGGGUGGUCGAAAUGCUAAACGAUACACACGAGGAGGAGAUCGAGGCUUUGGAGGCUGCUCACAAGAAGGAGCUGGAGGUGGCGAAGAGUAAGGCGGAAACCAACCAAAAAGAUAUCCAGAGGCGAAAUGUCGAAAUGAACGCUCUGAAGAAGAAGGCUGCUACGGUUGGGGAGCUACAGAGGAAGAUUGGGGGGCUGGAGAAGCAGCUUUCUACACUUGGGGCGGUCGAGAAGGAGCUGACAGAGGCGAAGAAGGACUUGGUAGCCGAGAAGAAGCAAAGGGUAUUCUUGCAGAAGCAAAUCGAUAACUUCCAAGGCAGGAUAAAGCAGCUAGAUAAUUGGGACAGAUUGCAGGAGGAUUUGGCUCGGGCACUAAAUGCGAGGGAUGACUACAAGAAGAGAUGUGAGGAGCUAGAGAAGAGAAAACGUUGAUUUUAUGAUAGAGCUUUGGAACAAUAAAGCACAACUGUAUGGCGCGGAGUUGGGACAAUGCAAAAGCGAUUCAACCACGCAGCUCCGGGACAUUAAGGCCACUGUAUGUGUAACUUCUGGGACAAGCAGUAUAUUCAGCC